AGGGUUGAAAGAUUUGCCAAGCCUCUUUGUUGACAUUUGGGAUUGGAUAACUGGAUAAUUUGGGAUAAAGGUUUAAUAGACAAGAACAGUAUAAAAGAAGUGAGUGGCAACUUUCUGUAACAUUUCACAAGUUUGUUGGCUGCAUUAGCAUCAGGUAUUGGAAGCUCCAACAGUGUUUUUCAGUUUUGAAAUUGUUUAAAGAUGCCUCGUCCUUUGUUUCAAAGAAAUGGUUGCUGGGACCCUUUUCAGGAGAAGGCACAAAACCUUUUCAGCCAAAACACUGACCUCCCCAACUUCCUCGAACCAGAUGAGGUUAGCUGGAUAGAAUCAGCAAGGAAAAGAUUAGGAUUGACAUCGACCUGGCCAGGAUCAAUGCGUAUACCUCUCUUCAGCUCGGAGGCUCGACCUAAAUCAUGUACUGGAUCAGAAGGAUGCAGUUCUGAAUCUCUGUGUGAACAAACAAUAGGACAGCAAAACUGGAAAAUCUGUCUAGAUGUCAGUCCAUUUUCUUCAGAGGAGAUAACCAUCAAAACGAAGGAGGGAUAUUUGGAGAUUACAGGUAAUCACGAAGAAAGACAGGAGCAUCACAGAUGGAUCUCAAGAACCUUUACAAGAAAAUACAAGCUUCCGGCUGAAUUAGACCUAAAACAGAUCAGCUCCAUGCUGUCUUCAGAUGGUAUUCUCUCUGUUGAGGCCCCAUUACCUGGCUCUAACAUCAGUCUCCCCGGAGAGAUUGUCAUCCCUAUUCACAUGAUGGACAAACAGUUAUCUGCAAAAUCAGACGGGCAAUGCCUAACCAGUAACUUAUAGACCUAGUUACUGGUUAGGCACAGUUCGUCUCAAAAUAUAUGUAUGAUAAAGGUAGUGAAUGUGUUUUCAUAACUGUUUGUUUUUGAUUGCUAACAUUAGAAGCAUUUGUAAAUACUGGUUUUGCAAGGGAAUAUUUAUCAUAUUAUGAACCAUUACCAAAAUACUACAGUGACAGUAAUAUGCUUAAUAGAUCAGUUCGGCUGUUACUUUGUUUUAAAAACAGUUAUGCAAUAAUUUGUGCUGUAUAAGAAUACAUCAAAGAUGAUCACUCUCUUUUUCAGGCUACAUUAAAAAAAAAGGAAAAAGGAAGUGGGGCUUCAUAAUGGGGAUUGCACUGUAUAAUGCCAGGAUAAUCCUUUUGAUUUUGAAAGGCUAUUUUAAUAAAUCUGUUUUGAAAAUGAUACCUUGUAUUAAUGAAUGUCAUGACAUAACAGUCUAAAGAAGCUGUAUACUGAAAUGUAUCAAUAUUUAGGAAAGUAGCUGAGUAGAUAUCUUCUUAGUUGUGGAAAUUUAGAUUAUUUCAAGAAAUUCGUUUAUUUUCAGUUUGUUCACCGAAAUUAUUAAUUCACAGAUUGAUCAUUCAGUGACCAUUUCUAUAUUACAUAAAUACAACAACAGGUGGCGCAAAAGAGUGUCUUA